CGGCGACGGCGGAAAGCUGCCCGGGCCAUGGCGGAGAGCAACGCGGACUGGAUGGGCUCGCUGCCGGCGGCGCUGCGCUCCUGCCCGCUCUCCAACCUCGCCAUCCCAGGGUCACAUGAUUCUUUCAGCUACUGGGUUGAUGAGAAAUCUCCCGUGGGACCAGACCAAGCCACAGCUAUCAAACGUUUGGCCAAAAUUUCAUUGGUUAAAAAGAUUAUGAAGAAAUGGUCGGUGACUCAAAACCUGACUUUUAAAGAGCAAUUGGAAGGUGGGAUCCGCUACUUUGAUCUUCGUGUGUCUUCCAAGCCUGGGGAAAUAGGACAGGAGAUUUACUUCAUACAUGGCUUGUUUGGCAUCAAAGUAUGGGAUGGGCUGAUGGAGAUUAACACUUUCCUUGGACAGCACCCCAAGGAAGUCAUCUUCUUGGACUUCAAUCACUUCUACGCCAUGGAUGACAGCCAUCACUUCUACUUGAUCAACAAGAUCCGCUCGGCGUUUGGAUCCAAACUGUGUUCCAUUGCAUGUGUAGAGCAUGUGACGUUACAGUACAUGUGGGAAAAGAAAUACCAGGUUCUUACUUUCUACCACUACCCUCUGUACCGGGAAUACCCCUUCCUGUGGCCAGGGAAUAAAAUACCAGCACCGUGGGCCAACACCACCAAYGUGCACAAGCUCUUGCAGUUUCUGGAGACGACUCUUGAGGAGCGAAGUCGCUACGGAACUUUUCAUGUUUCCCAGGCCAUCCUCACGCCUCGAGUGAAGACGAUUGCACGGCACCUAAUCCGUGGUCUGAAGAAUACCCUUGUGCAUAGGAACCUUCCCAUGAUAUUGAAUUGGGUGAAAGCACAGAAACCGGGCGUUAUGGGCGUUAACAUAAUUACAUCAGACUUUGUGGAGCUGGUUGACUUUGCUGCUACAGUUAUUGCAUUAAAUGAUCUUCUUUUAGAAGAGGACGAAUCUGCAUCUAUAUUGUGAUUAUUUUGUUCCACUGUAUCCUGAGAUCUUUAAACUCUUCUAAGCUUAUUUUAUUAAAUGAAACUAUUAUAACCUGUUUAUUGAAAAACAAGUCAAGGAAGUGUGGUUUAAAAUCAGACCCGGGAGGGUGUCUUCUCUCACAGAUGGGCAGCUCCGAGUGGAACACAGGGCACUGCCUGAGUGCUGCUGCGUGGCUCUCUGUGGCUGCGUGUUGGACUAAGUUGCACACACAUCUGCUGCAGUUCUGCCCAGGGUCUGCCUGCCAGCCCAGGGCCGCUCUCAGAGGCCGAUGUACCCAGUUACUGCACGGGUCUGCCCACUGACUGGGCUCACCGUGCCCCCCKGUGUGCAGCCUGCUCAACUUCUUGACUCAAGGUUCAAACCCACGAUGGCUGCUGSUCCCUCAGCAGCAGUUCUACCAGGCCAACCAAGGCAGUGCUGCUUUUCAGGCCACCUCAGGCAUAGCUGGUUUCAGCUGGAAGCUGCUCUUAGCUCACUAAGCUGCUCUGGGCACUACCUCUGAUUUACUUGAAGAAACAAUGUCGCUGUUGUUCAGAGGAAGCUGCUAAUGCUGUGCUGAGGACUCGCACUUGGUUUGGGCCCGAGAUGCAAAUGCUUGGAAUGCUUUGCCUCAUUGGGCUCCAAACUAGUUUUCAGCACCUUGUUAUUUUACUUUAGUGCACGUACKGCCAUCAUGUUCAAGAGUGUGUUUCCUCUCUGGAAUUAGUUUGGUAAUUUGAAGGAAACUUCAGUACUCAAGWAAUCAGACUUGCAACUCACAAGUCCAUGUCUGUUGUGAGGUGCUCAAGAAACUGCCUAGCAACCUUCCUCUCUUGCUUCUUCACUAUUUUUUUCCACAUAUUGAAUUUUCUUUGGAAAACUUCUUGUGCAGUUAACCUCUGUGGAAGGAAGAAGGCUAAGUGGAAGUUUAUUCAGGAGAAUUGGAUGCAAGUAAGGAGUGCUCCCAACCCAAACAGCGAAUGGGUUUGCGGUGUGGGGGUGAAUUCCAGAGCCUGCCCUGAAUGCYGGCGCUUGCUGCCAGAGCCGAUCUGCUCAGAACAGCUCCAGUGGAAGCAUUUUCUCAGCCUGCAGCUGCUUGUGACUAAGGAAUAAGCCCCGCAGAGUUGGAGAGCRGUGCUAAUGGUGUAGUCUUACUGCUUUUUGUGUUGAUCCACAACAAAAUGUUGCCACGUGUUUGUCACAUGUUUGUGUGUAUCGGUAUUUUAACUGGCUAGCUGAUAGCAGUCCUUUAUGGCCUGAUUUAUCUUGGGAUUUAAACAAGUGUCUGCCUAGCAGAUACCUCCCUGCUCAGUUGUCUUUUUAAAGCAACUGUUGGGUGUACUAAUCAUUCCAUGAUUACAAAUAUGUAUUAAUCUCAUUAUGAUACUUGAGAAUGGCUUAUCAUAGAUGUUCUUUAAAAAAGGUGAAUCUCUCUCUAUCUUCCUCUCUUGGCUCUGCUAUUCUAGUGUCUCAAUACUGAGAAGUCCAAAAGUGUUUUGCUUGUUUGUUGCAAGCUCUGAACUCAGACAAGAUUAGSUAAAGUUUGCAAACCUUCCAUGUGAACCUUGGCCGAGUUCUGAGCAGACUCUAAUCUGAUUUAUCUCUUUGCAUGUUUUCCAUUAGAGUUCUCCUUUCUUUUUUCUUUGAAUCUGUUUUCUAAGGGAAUGGGAGGGGAUUCUGUUUUCUGAGACAGUUUUCUUUAGUGUGUGUUGGGGGGACAGAAAUAAUGAAAAGUUUAGGGAAACUAAAAAUCAACUUCCUGAUUUAAAACUUUGUUUUUAAAUUACUGUUUGAUCUAUUACAACCUGUUUGGAACAGCUGUCUCAUCUGCAAAACAAUUUUAAACAUGUAAACUUUGUUUAGCUGAAAUGUUGUGUGAACUUCUCAUGGCACAAACAGAAACUCUAGUAAAAAUAUCACUACAGGAUAUUUUCAGUGUUUUUUAAGUUACAAAUAGUCUUAGAGCUCAGAACUCAAAAAAAAAAAAGGAAUGCAGGUGAAAUGGGAGGUAAAUACAUUUGUGAAAUAUCCCCUGGAAGUGGAGGACAAGGCUAUAAGGUAAAGUAUAUUUGCAUUUGACUCUUAAUAUUUUUUGUACUGUAUAUAUCUACCUCAAAAGAGAUUUAUCAGGCUUAGCCAAUAUUUAUACUGUGUAUGCAGAGUAAUGACUUAAGUUGUUAGUCCUUCUGCUGUAUUUAUUUGACUAGAGAUGUGAUGAUUGCAACUCAGGGCUUUGGUUUAGAUAUAUUUAAAUACAAACUGGAAAGUUUCUUGAACRUAGGUCACUGCUGUAUCUUGAAAUAGGACAAAAUGCUGUGAUUUAAGAAUGGCAGUAGAGGAAGGAGAAAUUCAGAAUAAAUUUUUGAAUUGAUAAAAUAGGGAGGGAAAAACAAUGCUGCAAGCUUGACUUGUGUGAAGAGACCUACAUGUUUCAGAGUGGUGCUUGGUGCUCUGCCUAGGUGUGAGGAACGUGACCUGCCUGGUGGGCCGUGGGCAGAUGGGCACAAUGCCCUUGUACCAGACUCUUUUCAGAGAUUUUUUUUGUCCUAAGCAGCAGAUUAGAGCAGGAACCUGGUGUCCCAGUACCCGCGUGGCCUCCAGCUGGGCCCAGGUUGGAACCUCCUGCCUGUCAGACCUUGCAGGUGAGAGAUGGGGAAAAUCUCCCUAUUGGCAUUAGGGCAAGGGCAGGUUAGAGGUACUUAAUUGUUUCUGUUGUCUGUGCUGUAGGUGUCUAUUUGCAUUUGUUGGGUACAGUGAGUUUAGUCUUGCUUAUGUCUUCCAAAGGAGUAGAAUUCAUUGAAGGAAAAGAAGAAAAAAAAAAGAGGGGAAAAAGAAAACUGAUAACUGUCCCAGAAGAAUUGUUUUUAGGAUAUGACCAUUCUUUAGAUGUUGGGAGAAGAGAAGGCCAUGUAUUAAUAUGUUAUAUUGCAGAAGAAUUUAUUUGGAUGGUUUGUUGCUACCCAUGCAGUUUGCUUGCACAUUGUUUUAUAACGGUUAUCUCUCUCCCUAAUGUGCUCACACGGAGCCCAUGGCUGCUCUGUUCCCCUGGCAGUGGGCUCAGUGCUCAAUGGAAGGGCACAUAGGACAUAGCCUGUGCAUACGUCCCGGCAGGGAAGGAAGAUUGGGAAGCAUCUACAGAUUUUAGUGCUUUAGUGUGUGUUUGUAGGUGAAAGCAAGGGGCAUUUAUAAUGGAUUCCUGCUGAUACCCUUCCCUCAGCAUCUUGCUUGGGCACUGCUGUCUUAAUAUAUUCCACAGCCAUAAAGCUGUGAGUUGUGUGUUCAUUUUUGAGUAAAAGACGAAUUGCUCUUGUCAUGCUUGGACAGCAGGAAUCUGAAGGGGGACUGAGCUUCGGGGCCUGUGCUCUGGUGAGGAGGAUCCUGCUGCUGAUGGCCCUGGCAAGGCAGGUGUUGUUUCGUGGGCACUACAGGCAAGGACRACAAACAGAUGUGGGAGUGUUUGGAGGAGGAACCAAUUGCAAAAAGGAACCCAGUCAGUUCUGGAGGUGCUCCUUGUAGCAGAGUGGGGUACCUGGGGAAGUGGUGUCAUUGCUCCUGACGCRUCCUACUCUGCGCUGUGUUGGUACAGUGUUAUUAGCUUGGAGUUGAGAAAUUGCUUGGUUGGUAAAACUGCAGUAUUUUAGAGCAGGGGCUUUAGACCACRUAGAAUUGGAGUAUCUGCCAAGGUGUUUAUCUGCUGUUCUGAUCUAGCACAGAUUUUAAAAGUGUUUUCUUUGUGUACCUGGCUCGAGUGUCAGAGCUCAUUGUUACRGAGUAGACCGAUGUUUAGAAUUUUUAUGGCUAAAGACAGGAGAGAGCCAUUUUCAUUUGUAACAUAAUUAACUUUCAAAUAAAAGCAAGUUGAAGAGUGAAUCAAGAUUUGAGUAUAUGAUAUUUAAUUUAGCAUCUAUAUGCAUUUUUAAGAGUCCAUCCAGAUCRUAUUGUUUAUUACCUAGUAUUACCUAAUCAGGUUUAUUGUCAGAUGAUCACUUCCUGGGACAAGAACUUGAGCAUUUUUUUUGUGAUUGUAUGAGCACAGAACCACCAAGCUAAUUCAAAACUUCAUUCAAAAUUCAAGCCAAGUCAAAAUGUAUUUGUUUGAAUAGUGAAAAAGUUCAUUUUGUUUCUCUGUUUCUUUAAUUCCACUGUCUGGCAGCCAGAGCAUGUACUGAAGAAACGCAAACCUGCCUGAUGCUGAUGCUUGCAGGAGUCCCAGUUCAGUUUGUUGAUUCUCAAGUUCAUAAUAUUUGGACAAGCCUCCCUUGACUAAUUACUAAUACCAGUAUUGCUUUCCUCUUAAAAAGAGGGCUGUGGUUAGAAUUAGAAAAAUGUACUCUUAACAUGUUUUGUUAGAGAAUGCAAAUCUUGUUGAAUUGAAAUAUUUGCAGAUUSAAGUGGACUUGGCUUGAGAGAAUGUUUUGAGGGAAGAGGAAAAGAAGUUCUAUAGUAAUGAAAUACUUUAUUUGAUUCGAUGACAAAAAGCUUUGUUUCAUGUAUAAAAUAAACAUUAAGUUCUAUUUCAAAGUAAUUCAGAAAGAGUAAAACAGKUUUUUUCUUCAAGAUUAUGUUGUGCAUAUCUCUAAGUACAUUUUUUUAAUGCAAGAAAACUUGCAAAUUUUAAAAUUCAUAGCAGUUCCUUGUGGAUUACCUUUUCGAAGUCUGAACUUCUGCGUCUCUGGUAGCAGUGUUGGAACUGGAGACCCGAUGUCGUUAGCGGAUGUGUAGUGAAGGGAAGGAGUGAAUGCAGUUGAAAACACCUGCAUAUAACCCUGCAUAUAACCCCCAACCAAGUUCACAGGUAGGUUUUGCCUUCUGACUCUGCAGACAGAGGAUGAGCAGAUGCUGAAGAGCCAAGUUUGUGCUAGCUUCCAAUGAGCCCAAUGUACAUAUAGUGUUAUCUCCCUGGUCAUACUUUCCAGAGAGAAUCCUAGUCUGGUUUAGUUCCAUUGAAUCAGUCUGUUUUACCCAGGAAAUCAGUACGCCAGCCUAACUGAACAAGAGGAGGGCGCGUGUGUAAACAUAAUUUAUUUCUCUAAAUCUUUAAUUCAGUGAAUCAGCUUUAACUUAAAGUAUCAGUCAAAUAGAAACUGUAGAGACAAAAAGGAAUGUAAACAUUAGAACAGUUUUGUGAAUCUGUUCAUUGUGUAUAUUGUAUUUGAGUAUUUAUGAAUUGUCAUCGUUUCCUACAGUGUUUCUGUUAUACUUUGUCAAAGACCUGUGAUAAAUUUCUGCUGUACUGUUCAGUAUAUUGUGUAAUAAAAUAAUGCUGUUGGACUCUUGUUCAAUGAUAAACAUUUUGCAAUUGAAUAUCUAUUUUUUCUGUU